GCCAGCGGCGGUCCUCACCCUGCCUUCUCCUACCUCCCCGUCUGUCACAGAACAACAAACCUUCACUCAUACUAACGUUUAGGCUCCAACAGACAACCGUCCCAUCAACGCCGCGGGAGGGGGUACGGCUUGUUAGACAGCGGUCCACUGUCAGUUACACACAGUGAGAUGCCAAGAAAGUCGCGCUUCGCCGACAGAGCUCGUUUGCACUGAUUUGUGAGCACCAACUCUGUGGCGCUCCUGUUCAUCGACGGCCGGCCGGCGAGGAUUGAAAAGUCAGUGUCAUGACUGGAGCUGAGACUGAGGAUGAUAUUCCAUUAGGUGAAAGGAAGACUGUCACGGAUUUCUGCUAUCUCCUGGACAAGUCCAAACAACUCUUCAAUGGACUAAGAGACCUUCCUCAGUAUGGACACAAGCAGUGGCAGUCCUACUUUGGACGGACGUUUGACGUCUACACUAAACUGUGGAAAUUUCAGCAGCAGCACAGGCAGGUUUUGGACAGUCGGUACGGCUUGAAGAGAUGGCAGAUCGGGGAAGUUGCAUCCAAAAUUGGACAGCUUUACUACCACUAUUACCUUCGUACCUCAGAAACAAGUUACCUGAAUGAGGCCUUUUCAUUCUACUCAGCCAUCCGUCAGCGAUCCUACUAUUUUCAGGUCAAUAAGGAGGACAGGCCAGAAUUAGUAGUGAAGAAGCUUCGAUAUUAUGCUCGCUACAUAGUCGUCUGUUUACUGCUGAACAAGAUGGACCUAGUCAAGGUUUUGGUGAAGGAGUUAUCUGAGGAAAUCGAAGAUUACACACAGCGAUUCAACACAGAGGAUCAGUUGGAGUGGAACCUGGUUCUACAGGAAGUGGCAGCUUUUGUGGAGGCAGAUCCAGUGGUAGUUCUGAAUGACAACAAUUCUGUCAUCGUCAUCAGCAAUCGGCUGCAGGAAGGAAGUGUGCCUCCACUGGAACAAGGCAUGGUGGUUGGGCAGCUCGUCCUUGCAGAUGCACUAAUCAUCGGCAACUGUAACAACCAGGUGAAGUUCAGUGAGUUAACCAUCGAUAUGUUCCGCAUGCUUCAGGCUUUGGAGAGGGAACCUGUAAACUUGGCUACACAGACCUCCAAACAAGGAACGCUGGAACCCAAUGAGAAGCCAGCUAAACGAGAAAACCCUCACAAGUAUUUGCUGUACAAGCCAACAUUCAGCCAGCUUUUUACUUUCUUGUCUGCCUCUUUUAAGGAAUUGCCAGCCAACAGCGUUCUGCUUGUUUACCUGUCAGCUACUGGAGUCUUCCCCGCUGGGCAUACAGAUUAUGAGGGACCAUAUGAUUUUGGAGGAGUUCUCACAAAUACAAAUCGGGAUGUGGUGAAUGGAGAGACAGUGCAGAAGAGGAACCAAGCCCAGAAAGAAAUGCACUGCCUUCAUCCAGGGGACUUAUUCCCUUUCACUCGGAAGCCUCUUUUUGUCAUUGUGGAUUCUUCAAACAGCACAGCCUACAAGAAUUUCACAAACUUGUUUGGCCAGCCUCUGGUGUGCCUACUAUCACCUACAGUAUAUCCCAAAAGUGUACAAGAUCAGUCUCAGCGUGGGAGUCUCUUCACUUUGUUCCUCUACAGCCCACUCUUGGCUUUUUCCUCUGUUUGUGGUUUAAACAGUGUGCGACGAGGACUGUGGGAGAGGGCUCAAGAAUUUCUUCGCAAAGUCUACCGUGACAUUGGGCAGAUGAUAACUCGAUCGCGGACCAUAGAUCAAGCCUUUUUGCAAUUUUUUGGUGACGAGUUCCUUCGACUGCUGCUGAUCCGCUUUGUGUUCUGCUCAGCUGCACUGAGACUGCAUAAACUGUUCCGGGAGUCCCGGAGUUUCCCAGAGUCCUACCCUGAGCUGCCAAAACAGGACACAGUGGAGAGCAGCGUUCUACAGAAGCAUAUUUUGGAGCUGGCAACCAUGCUGGAUGUGCAGAGCCUUUUUUGGGAUGAUUCACUGGAAGCCUACUAACAUCUUCGCAACGGGCAAAAGAGCAAAUGUGUACAUACAGACUCAACUGCCAGAGCCCUCGCUGUUCGGGUUUCUUUUUUUUUUUUUUUUAAUAACAGGUAAUGAAAUAACUGAUUUAGCACAUACAAGUUCAUGUCCUGCAUUUAACUGUUACUUGUUGAAGCAAAUGUAGUGCAGCACUAAAAUGUUAAAAUAGGUAAGCCAGAGUUUAAUAUGGUGUAAAUUCCCCAGUUUGAGUCUCAACAGCUUGCCUCGUAAAUAGAAUUAUCAUUUAAGACAUAAACGUAAACGAACAAACAAAUUAGAGAAUGUAAAAAAAACCUUUCAACUCAUCAUUCCCUAUCCAAACGCAAGGUUUAAAAACUACAGCCUGUGACUUUAUUCCUCAUGUCACACAACUGUAAAGAAGUUGGCAGUGUUGGUUGUGUGCUUUGUUUUUGAAAUAAUAUUUAUCAUUGUUUAUCAGAGUGAAAGUUGUGUAAGCCUAAAGGAUAGAGAGUGGAAAAAUCCUGGGCAGCUUCCAGGUGGGACUUUACUUACCUGUAUGAAGGCAGAACAGGCUGAGGUGCAUGCAGUUUUGUUCUGUUGCUUGUUGUAGGACAUCAUUAGUUGUAAAGACAUCACACUCCUUCGUGCCAUUUACCAGCAAUCCAUCAUCCUUGGUUUCAGCCUUGUGCGUUUUGACAGUGGUAGUUAUUUCUUUUCCACAUCACUUUGCUGUGUCUCAAUGUAAAAAAGCAAAGAAACGUAUCCAUGUCGUUCUUUUAUCCACAAAGAAUGGCAUCCACCUUUAAGGAUAUAAAACGGGUUGUAGAUUUUACAAAGGCGUGGGGUUGGGAGAUGGGAGUAAGUGGAGCUGGUGCAUGUGUUUCAUGAGCCUGUGCAUUUAUAGUUGAGUCAACAAAUGAAGACAAUCUAGUUAGAGAGAGCAGAGGAGCUGACCUUGUAAAGAGGUAACAUGUGGUAUGCACACCCACUUUUUCAAUGAUACUAUAUACCAAUAUAACAAAUACCAUUCUAUUUGUUACUGAAAUGAAUUAUGAAAACACAUCUGUAACAUUCUGUAACACAGGAUUAUUACGUCAGCUACCGGUUGUGUAGCUUGAAUGGAAUAUCACUGGUUCGCUUCCUUCCGAACUACAGGCAACACCAGUCAUGUCCCCCUUUCAUGACCUGCAGUCCUGUUACCUUUCGUGGAUGUUAUUUGUCCGCCACUGACCCACUUCCUCAAGCUUACAGAUGGUGCCCCCAUUGUCAGUUACUAGAACCACAAAAAAAUCCAAACGUGGUGAAAAGAGAGGAAGGCCGGGUGGAGCUGAGGAAGGAUGAACAAGCCGCAGCAACCAGGCUUACUUUACCUGCUGAGAAGGUACUCUUCACCAUCACCUUUGUGGAUUUCUUUUUCACUUUAUCUUGAAAAGACAAGCUGCUAAAUUAUAAAGCCCAAAUAUUAGUUUUUGCAUCUGCUGAUUUUGACUGCAUCUGUUGGGGGUGUACCUUGACCAUUAACCUGAGUGACCCGUUUACUAGGUUCCUCUGUUAAUGCAACGGAAUUCACCAUCUACUAUAGUAGUUCUCAUUUACAUAUUUUGUUUCUGUUGUUUCGUCAGCUGAAGCAGUGUGAAAUUGGAUUGAGGCUCAUAAAUUCUAUGUGGACUAGCAGUCAUUUAUUCCUAAAAUGCUGAGCAGCAGAUAAAAUCACUAUUUUAUCAUCAUGACACAUUCAGACAAAAUAAACAUAAAUACAGGCACAGCAGCCGUGUUGUGAGAAUGGCUAUACUGACAUUUAAAACGAGUGGUGACAGAGAAGGUUAGAAGCACAAAAAGGUUGUUGUAUUAAGGUACAGCCACAAAGCAUCUGUUACCAUCUAAAUUCUUCUUUUAAAACAAAAAUGGCAUCAUCUGCACUUCUUCAUCACUCAUUCAUGUUAGUUGCUGCCUGUUAAGCAAGAACUCUUGAGAUUUUAAAAACCCCUAGUAGUUUGUAGGUAGUUAAAAUUGGCUGUUCUCUAAAUUCUCAAAAUUUUCACUGAGGAAUGAAGUGGAUAACAGGGAGCAUCAUGUUGUCUAAACUGAUCCUGCCAGUGGCCUUAAGCCAAGCAGCCACCUGAGGAACUCUGCUUUUGACUGAAGUGUAGUUGGUGCUGAGGCAUUGCAUCCAGUCAGCAGGUGAAAUGCGCUUCCCUUGAUUCCCUGGGCUCUAAUGUGGCACAAGACCUAUAUUAUCAUUCACCCCUCUUUCUCACAGUCGUUUCUGUCUCCACAGUUGUAAAAGACAUGCUCAGAACAAACCAGUGAAUAAUGAAGAAUCAGAUUGCAAAACAUUUGCUAUCCUAGCUAGCACUUCCAGAGAAAUAGUCUAUGUACUUUUUCCUUCACUUCAUGCAUUGUUUCUUUUGACUUUUGUUCUGCAGUAGCAGAUAACAUUUCAGUAGACUUCAGUAGUCUGUUGUCCGACUUGUGACAGAAUUAAAUCCCUCAUGCAGUCUCACGCUGCAGUUAUUCCUAAAGCAUUAUGAGAGCCCAAAGAGCUGCUGAGUCAAGAAAAAGUAUACUUGUUGACUUAAGUCAACUUAAGGGGUCAUGGGAACAAUGGUGGUGACAACAGCUAAAUCAGUUGUGUGCAAAUGACAUUUAAACAAUUUAAUGAUAUUGUAUUUUAUAUUUUAGUUUCCAGAAUCUAAGAAACUACAAAUUUUGUAGUUAGCUUGUGCUUCACAGAAAGCCCUUCAGCACUCAGGCUGCUUAGGGCAGGCGGUUACUGUAUAUGCUGCUGCAUUGUGCCAAAGGGUGUGCAGGCUCCUGACUAGUUAUCAUGAAUAGGUGCCAUCGUAACCUACAUACUUGUCCCACAAGCAGAGGGGCUCAAAGACGCCGGUGCCUGUCAGCAAUUCUCCAUCCAAUACUUUGACUCGAAGAAGGAUAUUCAAACAAGUACUUGCCAGAUUGCCAAGAGAUUGCCUAUUUACUGAAAAGUAGAUUCCUAAAGAUUUUGAUACCCGCCUUAACAUUUUGUUCAAGACAAGGUCGUGCCAAAACUACUGACCAUAUUUCCAAACAUUACUAGGACUGCCCAUGGUCCCCAGAUGAUGAAUACUUUUCUUGAUGACUCCUGGACCUCUCCCCAAUGAUAAUCUAAUCCAUUCUAAUAGGCAGAGCCUGCCAUGAAAUUUGCUUAAGCAUAAAAAAUAAAGCUCCUUACUUAUUUAUAUUUCCUCUUCAGGUUCCUCCUGAAGAUGUAAUAUUUAAAAUAAAACAAUUUAGUUUCCUAUUUUUUAUUUUAUUUUUUUAAACGCUCAAUUAUUCGCAAAACAGCUGAACACUGUAGCUUUUAUCAAGUGGAUUCAGCAGCAGAUUCAUCACAUUUGGUUCUCUAGUGAGUAUUGGGGCAGUAGGAUGGUGUGUGUGGGACAGAGUCCAAAUAAACUACUGUGUGUGUGUUCAUGGUAAUGAAGGAACAAGUUACCCAGUGCAACAGUGUAGCUCACUAAUGUGUUUUUUGGACAAUAGUUUUUGGACAACAAUGGAGCUCUGUGGCAAGGAGCUAUAAGAUAUAUCAGGAUUUGGACACACACACAAUACUUGUUAGGAGGAUACAUUUAUUGCUGGUUUGGGUCUUUAUGGAUUGUAAGAAAAAUAUAUAGUGUCACCUGCCUCAUCCUUUAAAACAUUUUAGCCCCACUUCUGGUAAGGGUCUUAGAAGAGCUGAAUUGUCACAACGUAAUAUCCUUUUGUCCAACACUGCUAAGGCUACAAGCUAGGCUUCAGGCUUCUCAAUUUUGUUUGGGCACUUUCAUGCAUUUUGAAUUAUGCUCUAAAUCUUAACAUACCCCAAAAAGGAAUACAGUUACAGAAAGUCAUAACGUUAAGCAAGUGUUUCUGCAGGGGUUUUUUUUUUUGGCACCAGCGUGGGGGGGGUAAUUGCACAGGCCAUUGUAGUGACGCUGAUCCUGAAACCGGCUCACAGUUAACUGCCCUUGACUAAAAUGUUUAAAGAAUGCAGCAGUGCAGGAAGUAGCCAAGCCGGCUGGUUGAAAUUAAGAUUUGUGAAUUGACAGGAAUAAUGGGAAGAACACUAUUUUUAGUGUUUAUUAUAUUUAUUUACAUUGUGAGAGUAUGUGUACAGAUAAUGUAAAGCAAAGUUUUGGCACAGAUGUGUUUGUUCAGUAUUUAGUAAGUCUAUAAAAUAACAUAGGAAGUUAAAAUUAAGGAGGAGCAAAAUGUUAAUGAGGCCAUUUUGUUCUUUGGCCAUUUUUCUAAAGAUGUUACAUUCCAACUUUCCAAGGACUUGAAGAGCGGCAGAGGAAAACUACCGCUGUUUUCUCCAUUUUACAUAAGCAGUUUUCUAUAUUUUCUCCUAUUUUCAUUUUAAUAUCAACUUCUACAUUCCCUUGUGUUGACAUUUAUGAUGAUUAAGAUAUUGUAGGCUUGCACUUUAUGAAGUUUAAUAAUGUUAUGAUCUUGUUUGUUGUGCUUUAAGGAAAAAAGAAAAAAAAUCCUUCCGUGUUAUUGUUCUUCAUGCUAGCCCUUCACGAUGGCUAACUUCGUUUUUACAAAGAAAAAAAAAUUGUGUGAUUUCAGUGAUUUCAAACAUUUUCCUAUAGAAACUUUUCGUCAUCAAACAUUUUGGCUGAUUUCCAAAAAAUGUCGAAAAGACAGCAAUAACAUGUUCAUUUACACGUGUGAAAGAAUUAGAAACCCUAGUGUUUUAUAGCCAGUGGUGCUCUAAAACCUUGCUGUCAGUGGGGACUGCAACGCCAGUCAUGAUUUUUUACUUUCCAAAGGAAUACCAACAAAUUUUUUUUACAUGUUUGGACAUUAACUGGGAUAGAAGAAGAAGAAGAAGUGAAGAACUGUAUUCAUUUAAAUUGUCAAAUAUUGCAUGUUGACAAGUUUGUAUGUUAAGUGUCAAAAACUCACGUUUAUAUGUUAUUACAUGUUAUUGUAUGGUGUGUUCCCUAAACUCAGAAUCCAUGAAAAGAGAAAAUAUUGUUGCCUAAUGGCACAAAAUAAGCUUUAUCUAAGGGAAAAUAACCCCAAACAUUUAAGUGACACUGUACUCCAUCAUAGUUAUAACUAUAAAAAGAAACAAAUAAACAAGAUAACUUCUAGCCUCUCCUCAGACCGUUUGCUGUAUUGAUGUCUUAUAUUUUUUAUUUCAUAUUUGCAAUUUUACAUAAAGUACCCAGCAGCACAUGGAGCAUAGUGCAGUAUCAUUGAUUGAUUCUCUAUGAUGCAAAUGGAAUCUCCUGCUUCACAUAAUUUGAUGUGUAUAUCAGAACAGAUUGUUACACAGCCCCUUAAGUCCUGGAAGCUGAUUGUUUCUUUUUAUCACAAGAUCUUAGCGAUAAACUUUGUGUAAACAGAAAAAAGAUAUUAACUUGUGCAGACAAGACAGUAACGUGUAAACAAUAUAACUUAACAAGAUAUAAUAAAAUUAACAAGAUAUUGUGCAAAGAAGACAAGUUAUGCACACAUUAUAAUAACUUGUACGAAGAACAUAUUAACUUCUGCAAAAAAGAUCAUUUGCGAUCUUUUUGAUAGUGUGUUUGAAGUGACUAUCAGAUCUCGGAAGUGGUGGCUGAUAUAGGAUAUAGGACCAUGCAGAGUUCAUACUAUACUCAUGGGAUAAUAAAGCCUUAUGCAGGGGGGGACACUGUGACACAGCCAAGAUAAAACCCAACUCAAAAAACAUAAGGCUUUACAUCCUCCUCAACCGCUAUUUCCUUUCCCUAUAAUUAAAUAGUUAGCAAACUGCAGUGUAUUUAGACAGAUCAUAAGUGAUUCAUGUGUUGUAACCUGAUUUAGCCUUGUUGGAUAAGUAGUGUCACUGUUUUAAAGCCUUGCUGCUUCUAGGAAUAUGGCAUAUCAGACCCCUUAUUGGGGUUUGUUUGUUUUUCUUAUUCCCAUGGAUAACUAUUCAAGCCUAGAUAAACAGAUGAUUUGAGUCCUUUGAGUGGUUUCCAACAGCUACAGUAUUUCCUAGCAAAAAAUGUUUCAGCUACUUAGGUAAAUUUUUUUUUUUUUUUUUUUCUUUUG